AAAAAAGCUCCCACAAAACGGCUCGAGCAUACAAGGUAAUGGGCUCGGAGAACAGCGCUUUGAAGCGUGAUGCACUGGACGAAACGCCCUUUACGCUGCCCUCCGGAGUCAAUAUUUACCCAGCAGUGCUUCAACGUGGCAAACUCGCCUCCGUCUUUGUGUACAAGAGCGAGAACGAGGACAACGUUAACAAAGCUGCCAAGCACCUGAAAACUCUACGCCACCCUUGCCUCUUGCGCUUCCUUUCUUGCACUGUGGAAAUCGAUGGAAUCCACUUGGUCACGGAGCGCGUGCAGCCGUUGGAGAAAGUCCUGGAGAACCUCUCUUCUUCAGAGAUAUGUGCUGGAAUCUAUGACGUUUUGCAAGCUCUUAUCUUCCUCCACGAUAGAGGAAACCUGACACACAACAAUGUCUGCCUGUCAUCGGUGUUUGUGAGUGAGGACGGGCAUUGGAAGCUUGGCGGCAUGGAAACCGUCUGCAACCAGAACGAAGCCACGGCAGAGUUUCUACGUAGCAUCGAGUCAGUGCGAGAGAAGACAGGCAUCCCACCUGAAGAACUGCGGGCAGACUUCCAACGUCUUCCGGAGGGCCAGGGCCAUUGCCGGGAUGCCUAUUCAUUCGGGGCCAUGGUCGAAAACUUGUUGACAUUUUUAAACGAAGAGGUUUCCGAGGAUGUUCUCUUCAGCUUUCAGCAAACGGUGCGUUCUGUCCUGCUAAAUCCAGAUCCAGCAUGCCGGCCCCCACUUUCCAGUUUGCUGCCCCAUGAAUUCUUCAGGAAUGAUUUCCUGGAAGUCGUGAGCUUUCUGAACACUUUGACGCUGAAAACUGAAGAGGAAAAAACUGCAUUUUUCAAAUUUCUGCUGGACAGAGUAGCUGGCUUGUCAGAGAAAUUGAUCGCUUCGCGGCUGGUGCCUCUAUUGCUCAACCAGCUUGUGUUUGCCGAACCCGUCGCUGUCAAGAGCUUCCUCCCCCACCUCCUGGGCCCAAGAAUGGAAAAAGUUGGCGAGAAUCAGAUCAGCCGCCUGCUUUCUCCAGCGGUGUUCCAGGCACAUGUCAGCCCCGUGCUGCUGAAGCUCUUUGAGGUGCACGAGGAGCACGUGCGGAUCGUCCUGCUGUCUCACCUGGAUGCCUAUGCCGAGCUGUUCACUCAGAAAGAACUAAAAAACAUCGUAUUGCCACAGGUUUUACUGGGGCUGCGCGACACGAGUGACGCUCUGGUGGCUGUAACGCUUCACAGCUUAGGAGUGCUGGUCUCCGUGCUCGGGCCCGACGUCGUCGUAGGCGGCGACAGAUCGAAAAUCUUCAAAUCCUCAGCGCCAAGUUUCACCAAGACCUCCGACCUUUCCCCCGAAGAAUCUCCCACUCACAUCAUGAAUUGCCAGAGUAGGCAAACCUACAAACUCCUGCAGAAUAACCCUUCAGGUGCCCUCUUCAAGUGCCCCAGCUCUGGAAAUAUGUUCUUCAACAAGAACCAUGUGCCAAGGCAAGAUUCUCCUGUGGCCUUAAGGAAAGGGGAACACAACUAUUCGCUGUCUUUAAAUGGGGUUCCUGCCGGAUUCAACUCAUUGAGGAGCAACGGGAGCUGCCAGCUGGGAAUAGAGAAGGCCACGGAGGAAUGGCCGGACUGGGGCGAAUCCGAGGAGCCAGAGACAAAGAACAGCGCCCCUGUCGAUACUGACAGGCAAGAGUUUUGUGCCAGCAGCACUCCCUGCCUUCCCGACCGGCCCGCAGAUCAGAAAACGUGGGUUGACGUGGCUCACAACCCACCCUUUCAAAGCACCUCAGGAAACGGCUCGGAUGCUGUAGGGCCCGAUGAGAGCGCCCAGCCUCGGCUCCCUCCCUGCAUGCCGGCGCUCCAAAGAGAAUUUAGAACUCUGCCUUUGAAUUCCUCCUCAGGGCCCAGCAGCAUCAACCAGAUUUGUGCCCACAAAGACGUGCCAGACAGAGUCCCCAGGCCGCCCCAAGCGUCGCACCUGGAGAGGUCUUCGAAGCGGGAAUGCGACUUAGGAGAGGAAUUCACGAUCCAGGUGAAGAAGAAAGACCUUCACGACCCCGAGCUGGACUGGUUUGCUGAUAUGGUGCCGGACAUCAAACCCGCGUCAGCACUCCUGAUCUUGCCGGAGCUGGGACCCUAUCCUGUUGCUCAGAGCGACUUAGAUGCAAUUUCCGCCAGUGCAGGUGAUGCUCAGAACGUGCCGUUUUCUUCCAAAUUUGCCGCUGCCGCUGUGACAGAGGUAGAUGAUGCUGGCUGGGAAGAAGAAGAGGAGCUAAAGUGGGAAGAUGAAACCAACUGGUGAUACGAGAUCUUUGUUGCUUCUGCUGUGCCCUGGACAAUUUUGACUCCACAAGCGGCGAAAGGACUCGGAAAAGCUUCCCAGUUGGAGCAAGUACUUACUUUUCUGACCCGCAAGGAAAGCUUAUGGCCCUUGGUGCUAGAAAAACAGCUCUUGGACGGAGGGAUGCAUUAAAGAUAGAUGGCUUUAUCUUUCUGGACAGUUGUUUGUGGAGAACACUAGGAAAAAUAAAUGGAUAAUUCACUCA